AGUGUUAACAAAAAAAGUAUUAAAUUGAAAGAAUAAAUUAAAACCCUGAAAGAAGAAAGGUGAACAGCCGGAAAACGCAGUCAUCAAUUGAUUGAUUCAUUCAUUCCAGUAAUUCUCUUCUUCGUAGCCGCCGGUGCUGGAGCAAAAAUACAAUAAAAUGGGUAUAAUCAAGGGUUGCUUCUCUUUUAUAGCAGGAACUGUUACCGGUGUUUACGUCGCUCAGAACUAUAAAGUACCUGACAUUGCUAAGCUCGCUGAUACUUUCUUGUUCGUAGCAAAAGUCACCGAACAAACUUACCGCAAACCCGACAACAACAAGAAAGAUGAAAAUGAUGAUUAAUUCAAUCACAAUCACAAUCAGUUAUGGAUGAUAGACAAUGUUUAGUUGUCUGUUGUUAUUUGCAGUUUAUUCGGGUUUGCAAAGAAAGCUGGAACUCAGGGGUUAAAGUGAUCAACAUUCAGUAGGCUGUGUCUGAUUGAGAGGAAAAUUGGUGGGGUGAAAAUGAGAAAAUAGAGAAAAAUAUUUGUGUUCUCAGUCUUUGGAUUGGUUAUAAGAUAAGCUGUAGAAAUUGAUAUUUAUACCUGUAUUUGACUCUAAAUUUUUUGGUUCCCAACCAAUCUGUGAUGUUUUAGGUUUUUAUUCUCAAUGGCAAACAUUGUGUUGUCAAAUUUUGACCUGUUC